CAACACAUUCUCCACAACCAUUUAUUUUGAUCUUAACCAUACCAAGUGGUUUACUUCCCCUUUUAAGGAGCAAUCACUCUCAAUUCAACUGACUCGACAACGAAGUAUCUUACUUAAUUCUAACUAAUAAACUAAGACGGCAACUAAAAUAUCCAUGCUACUACCAGUAACAGGUUACAAAGUAGGUUGAAAUCAAAUGCAAAUGUAUAGCGAAAAUAGGCUGCCUUCAAUUUGUACAAAUUUCUGAAUUUAUCAAAGAAGGGGAGAGAGUGACUCGCCUAGUUUAAAUAAAUGAUUUAAAUUAUGAAUAUGAUUAUGAUUAUCAUAAAUUACCACUGAAUAAAAUAUAAUAUAAUUAAUAAAUAAUAUAAUAUAUAUUAAUCAAUAUUAUAAAUAAUAUAAAGAUUUUAAAAGAUAAUAUCUAAAAUCUGGUGAUGCAUUUUCAUUUUAUCACAUUAGCCAUUUGUAACUUUGUUGAUCCCAUGAGUUCUAAUGUCUAAUGACUAAUACUAGAACUAGAAUAUGUCACUGACAGUGACUGUGACUCGACUAUAGACACUAUAGUCAACUAUAGUAUAGUCUCUGACAGCUCAUUCAUUACAUGACCAUGCUAUUAUUAUUAUUCUUAGGUUAUAUAAUAAUAAAGGCCUAAUUUAACUUUGGCAUGAACCUUCGCCGCUUCUGUAAAAAAAAAAGUAAAGUCGUAAAGUCACAACAUUUGUCAUUUGUUAAUUAUUAAUAGUUUUAUGCUGCACCUAUAGAGCAAACUUAAAAUUUAAAAAAAUAAUUAUGCUAUAGGCUACCGGCUACCUUCAUGAACUUUCCAGCUUUUAAAAUAUUUGAGCUAUAAUUAUGAAUGUUUCAAAUUCAACAUGCGAUUUAAUUUAAUUUUUCCUUUUUUUAAAACUAAGUCUAUGGACUGCGCCUCCACAUUUUGUGACCUAAUUUAAGUAUUGAAUUAAUUGCGCAAUUAUCAAUUAGCCAAGGGUUUAAGUCACCUCAGCCAGUCACCCUGUGUACUCACUCUAAUCACAAUGGCUGUGAGUGUUACUAGGCUAAACCAUGAAUUUUAUGCCAACAAGCCAAAUCAAAUCAAAGGGCAAGACCUAAUCAUAACUCUAUAAUUUUUAAAAACGCUUAACGCCAACACUUUUUGAUUAAGCUAUACAGCCUAAACUACAGUUGAUAACAAUACAUUUUUUGUUAUCAUCCAAUUGUAAAUGUAAUUUCUAACUUAAUGAAUGAUAAUAGGCUGCCUUUGGUUUGUAUCAAUUUCUGAAUUUGUCACACCAAGGAGAUUUAAAUAGUUAAGUUCACUCAGUUUACCUUGGUCAUUAUUUCAGUCAAGUAGAUCAGUGGUUCCCAAACUUUUAAGUUUGGCGGACCGGUGAACAAGUUUCAAAAUUUUACCAGGGACCGGUGCAUGAUUUAUUUUUAUACUUUUAUUUCUAUUUGACAAUAAAUAUUUAUGUUAUGGGGACCGGCAGCGCUAGGCAUGCGGACCGGUGAAGGUCCACGGACUGCCAUUUGGGGACCACUGAAGUAGAUAAACAAGGCAAGCUUUCUUGUCCUUUUUUUAAAAUUAUGUUUAUGGAAUAAGGGAUAUGAUCUUAUUCUUACCUACUUUUUCUUUUCUAGCCCUGCUCUGACAUUUUAACAUUCUUAACAUGAUGAGUAAACGUUUACUAAUAGGCAACUAAUGAUAACAAAAUAAUAAUAAAUAAAAAUAAAGUUCUGAUACUAAGCAAUGCAAGAUCUUAAAAAGUAUAGUAAAAAAAUUAACAUCACCUCAUUUUGAGCAAUCAUAAACAAAGCUAAGGACGGACCUGAGUAAAUGAAUUGUUGAUUUCUUUUUUUAGGGCUUACAGUUUUAGACUAUUGAGUCCACAAACUACAAUUAGCUUAAUAAAAGCAAGCUGUUACUAUACAUUUUUCAAAUAUAUAAGCUGUUUAACUAUAAGACUAUGGAACUAAAUCUCAUAUGGGAAAGGGUCAUAUUUUAUUUACAGUUUAAAAAGAACUUAGCUUGGACAUCUCUAUGUGGACAGUUGAAGAUGAAUAUAGCCACAGUUUUUUUUCUAGUUCUGUGUAUGACUUAUGAUGUUGCUCUGGCAUCUAACUCAUCUGAAAUCAAAGUUGAUCUCAAUGGAUAUUUAGCCUACUGUCCUUGUAUGGGUAAGCACAUCCUCACUUGACGGCUCUCUUUGCUCAUUAAACCAGCAAUGAGUCUCUCGUCUGUUCUUCUGUCAGCAUUCAUUGUGAUCUUUUAUGACUAUUUGUUGUAUUCUUUUGAAAAGAAAUGAAUUCAAUAGUAUAUAAUAAUGUUAAAUAUUCCAGUAUAUAAUAAUGUUAAAUAUUCCAGUAUAUAAUAAUGUUCAAUAUUCCAGGUUGCCAUUCUGAAAGACGGUUAAUUAAAUUGGAACCUUUAUAGUUUUUUUUUUUUUCCUUUUCUUCUGAGAACAACAUAAUUUUACGUAAUAUACCUUAUUGUUAAAUUUCAGGUCGAUUCGGCAAUCAAGCUGAUCAGUUCCUUGGUGCUUUAGCCUUUGCAAAGGAACUAGAUAGAACUUUGAUCCUGCCUCCAUGGGUUGAGUACAGAAAAUCUAGUCAUAAAGCAGUGAGUCUAUUAAUACCGUAAUCCAAUGAGUGCUAGAUCAAUUUUAGCCAAGUCAUGCCUUUCAACCUCCUACAAUUAAUUUCUGUACACAAUAAAAUAUAUUGGUUUCAUGUUAGAUAAUAUUGUUAACACUUGAGUUAAGUGAUUUGAUUUAUUUGUACUGAUUUUCAGUAUAUUUCAAUAAAAUAAAAUUUUGAAUAGAUAAAAUUUUUUUGUGGUUUAACUCUUUUCAUUCCUCUUAUAUAGAGAGCGCACAACUUUAUACGUAGGUUUUUUUUCUCUCAUAAAAUUAUGUCUUCUUUUUUUUUAAAAUUAUUCUAUAGUUAUUUGAUAAUACAAUUGGAAGAAAAAAAAAGAAAAAAAAGUUAAAGAUUUUGAAUUAUUUUUUUUUUUUUUGCGAGUUCGACGUUCACGUGACAUGCCAAAGCGGUGGUCGCCAUCUUAGCAAAUUUCUUUUUUUUUUUUUUUUUAUAAUUCAAUUGAAAGAAAAAAAAAGAAAAAAAAGUUAAAGAUUUUGAAUUAUUUUUUUUUUUUUUUUGCGAGUUCGACGUUCACGUGACAUGCCAAAGCGGUGGUCGCCAUCUUAGCAAAUUUCUGCAAGAAGCUUGGCUUGUGGACUCGGGAGCCCAAUAUCUUAAAUAAUGAAUACUACUGACGAAAAUGUUGAUCAAAUUUUAUCUGAAUCUUCUGGGGAAGAUAGUUGGGAACCCGAAUCUAGUGAUUCUGAUUCAGAUUUUGAUGAUAAUCUUCCUUUGCAGCCGAUUUUAGCUGUUAACACUAGAAGGUUAGUAAUCGAGUGCUUCGUCAUUCAAAUUUUUUUUUUAGAUUUCUUACUUUUAUUUUUUUUUAUCGGUUUAAAUUGUUUUUUAAGCAUAUUGUUAUAUUUACUAGCCAUUUUUAAAUCAAUCUACGCAAAAAAAAAUAAUUUUUUAACAUGUGAAUAUUUUAUUACAUUUAUUUUUCUAGAAGACGUUAUUCUUAGAAACUGUUGAUAAGGAAUGUAAACAAUGCAGUCAGCACUGCUUAUUAUGAUAUAUUUUAUCAUACAGGACAAGAAAUUUGAUAUCAAUUUUUUUUUUUUUUACAUUUAAUGUACUGACAAUAAAUUUUAUAGUCAUAAUGGUUUUCAGACAGAAUUGAAAGCACACAAAACUUGAAAUUAAAUUGAAGUACUUAUUUUUUAUUAAUUUCAAUCCUAAAAGUAGCAAAUAGGUCUAUAAAUUCUGUUCUUUUAUAUUUACAGGGUAAACUCAUAUGAUGUUCACGACGAUGACCCACCAGUUCCAAUUCCCAAGUUUCUACCAGCCAGAAAGCCAGGCUUACAUCUAAGGGAAGAAAUGUCAACAAGGGAUACAGUAAGACAAUUUCUAGACCCUCAAGACUUUUUCAAAUUGUUUUUUACUUUGGAUUUAGUGGAAAAAAAUUGUGAAGUACACCAACAAGUAUGCCUCAACCAUGGGGCCUACUAAACCUUCAAUCUACAGUGGUUGAUAUGAUGUAUCAGAAGAGGAAUUUUACAAAUUUCUAGGACUUCUUAUGUACAUGUCAAUUGUACAGGUCCCCAGUGUUCAAAAAUACUGGUCUACGUCAACUUUGUACCAUGGACUGUGGGCCAGAGCCUUCUUGACCAGAAAAAGAUUUAUUCAAAUAAUGACAUUCCUCAAAGUUUCAAACAUUGAAACAGAGAAUAAGGAGGACAAACUGUGCAAAGUUAGAUUGCUUUCUGAUUUUAUACCAAGAUAAAUGUCAGAAGCUUUACCAGCCUCGCCAACAGCUAUCGAAAGAUGAACGCAUGGUAAAAAACAAAGGGAGAUACACAUUCAGACAAUACAUAAGGGACAAUCCAACGAAAUGGGGUAUGAAAGUUUGGGUCAUAGCAGAGGCAAUAACAGGCUUACACCUAUGAUUUUGAUGUGUAUUUAGGGAAGCAAACCCAAUCAUCAAACAAUAGCUUGGCCUAUGAUGUAGUAAUGAACCUUAUCAAAUCUGUUAAAAACCAAGGCUACCAAGUGUUUUUUGAUAAUUUCUACAGUGGGUAUAAAUUACUCAAAGAUCUGUUAUUACUAGGAAUACUUGCUUGUGGUACCAUUUAGCCGCUACUUACAAAUUGAUUUCACCGAGGAACUUAUUAGAACAUUGGGUGGAUUACAAAAAACUGAUGAAGUUCCAAGUGCCACACAUGUUUGCACCUCAAAAUACCAGGCAGUGCAUCCAACUGUCCCUGAGUGCACACAUUUAUACAGAAAUUGUAAGGUUUGUUAUAAAUUGGGGAUGCAAAAAAAAUCCACAAUCAAAUGCAGCACCUGUGAAACUUACCUUUGUUUUAAUAAGACAAGAAACUGUCUUGUAGAGUAUCAUAAAGUUUAAAUUGACCACAUGUAUAUUUUCUUUGUUGUAAAUAUUUAUAAACUUGUAAAAAAAAAAUAAUUCUUAUCAACAAGUUGUGAAGGUGUGGUCAAUUGAUUUUAAAAAAAAAUGAUUUCCCCUUGUUAAUACAUUUUACAAAAUCUUUCAUAUUUUCAUAACAUGCCAUUAAAAAUGUUUGAAUUCUUUGUAUUGCAUACAAAAAUGAAUAGUCUUUCUGAAUAAAUCAUUUUUUUUGGAAAAAAUUCUUGAUACAUUUUUUUUUCAUUCUUUGUAUCUAAUCAAAAAUAUUUUUUUUAAAAAUGUUCAUAAAUUAUUAUUAUUAUUUUUUAAUCACAGCUUCAAAGUAAUGAACUCAAUUUUUAAGAAACAUUAAUUACUGAAAGCAUCAUGCAUUUCCCUACAAUUUGAUAUGCAACAUCAUGAACUUUAGACUAAAACUCUUUAUGAUAUAGAUAUAGACUCAUUAGUGGCAUCACUAGAAAUCUCCAGAAAAUAAUGAAAAAUUCAAGGAAGGUAAAGAGUUAAUUAAAAAAACAUAUAAUUUAUUUUAUAAUUUUGAAAAAGGGAUAAAAGUUAUGGAGGAGUAUAUUAAUUUAAAAAAGUUUUCAACUCUUAACAACUGAAGCCAUUUUAAAAUGUUCAAAGUUGUUUAACUUUUCUGAUUUCCAAUGAAAUAAUUCAUUAAAAAGGUUAUCUAUAUCUUUAGAUUUUGAAGUUGAAGAAACAAAUCAAAUUUUUUUAGCAAGAUGUGAUAAAAUGUUCUUAUUAUUUCUCUGAGAUAAAAAUAGUUAUCUAUGGUUUCACUGGAGCAAAUUUUUAUAAUUAAAUUUAGUAGUUAACUAUGUCUGCAGAGCCUCUUCUCAAAAGAAAAAGAAUAAUAAUGUUUUUGAUAUCUGACAAGGUGAUGGAGCCAUUUGAUACUUACUUUAAAGUGGAGCCCUUCCUAGAAUACCACAGAGUUAUAACAAUGGAAGUAUUCAUGAAAGACCUGGCAUCAACCGUCUGGCCACCGGGACAGAGGAGAAGUACUGAUGUUACUCAUUUAAAUAAGUACAUAAGUAGAAAUACAAACAAAGAGAAGUUCAGCCUCUCUGUUCAUCGGUGUUACCCAUUUAAACUAAUUGAGAAGUGCAAGUAAAUUUCAAUGUUUAAAAAAAAGCUGUGCAGAAGAAACUUUUUUGGGUACCAGGUAUUCAUUACUCUGCUAGAUUUGAGAGGAGAAAAUUUAGAAAUUCAUGUUUCUACAUUACUAUGUCUCUCUCCUUGACUAUGGUCCUUUGAGCUAAUGUCAGAUUUUUAAAACUUAGUGCUUAAGUUUUUUCCUAUCUUCAUCUCUAUUCCUUACUAUAAGACUUUAACCACUAAAAUUUAAAUGAAAAAAACCCAAACAAUUUGUCAAAUUUAAAAAAAAAAGGGUAAUUCUUCUCUUACGAUCUUGAUUUAUAAACAAGUUUGAAAUUAAUCUAUUUAAAAAAAAAAAAAAAAAAGAAAAAAAUUUUUUAAAACUUAGUGCUUAAGUUUUUUCCUUUCUUCAUCUCUAUUCCUUACUAUAAGACUUUAACCACUAAAAUUUAAAAGAAAAAAACCCAAACAAUUUGUCAAAUUUAAAAAAAAAAGGGUAAUUCUUCUCUUACGAUCUUGAUUUAUAAACAAGUUUGAAAUUAAUCUAUUUAAAAAAAAAAAAAAAAGGAAUAAAUGAAGUUGAAAUGCGUUCUCCUCACAUUAUAUAUAUUUUCAUAGACUUUUAACAAUUUCUUGUUCCCUUAGUUUUUUGUUAUUCUCCACGCCAUGGCUCAAAUAAAGAUCAGUGUAAUGCCAAGGAAGGCAACCCAUUUGGUCCAUUCUGGGACUGGUUUGAUAUUGACUUUGAUGAGAAUGUGAUUUUCGGGCCACUUUUUUAUGACACUCAAAGUCCUAGAGCCAUGUCAGAGUGGAAGGAGAAGUAAGUGAAAAAUGUAAUUUAUACGGUAGUUAGAAUUCUAAAAGAUAUCUAAAGUUGUAUUGUCUUUCAGACACAAAACUUUAUUUGUGUAAAGUUAAUAGAGCAAUGUUUUAUUGUAAGCACAUGAAAUUAAGUGUCACAUUAAUUAUGUUCAACCAUUGAAUAGAACGUCUGGCUUGUCUCAAAAGUGCUCCCCAGUGUUGACAAGACCUCACAAAAUAGUCGUCAACAAUUAUCUUCCAAUCUAUGAUACUUAAAUUACACAAAUGGAAAUUGUUUUAUCUUUCUUGGAAACAGCAUCUUUACAGUGUACAGCAACCAGAACUAUAUCUCAUGCUAAGGGAUCUAUUGAUUACCUUCACACUGAAGCAUCGAUUAAAAUAAUUUAUUUAAUUUAAAAAUCAUCAUGAAAUCAUUUAUACAACCUUGUGACUGUGAUAAAGCUGAAGUAGAUAAAAAGACACGUAUGUAUAGUGAAACUUUAAUAACAUUGACCAAAGCCAAAAUAAGAUGUCUUGGCUUCAUUAAUUUAAAACAAGUACAUGUAUGUAAAUUAAAUACUACUGAAAAAACAAAUUAGAAAGAAGAAAGAAAUGACAAACAAAAAUUCCUUAUACACACACACAGGAAGAAGAAAAAAGUGGUGGGCAGAAGCAGAAUGUAGGGAAUAAUAAUAGCAGGAGACAAUAUUGCAGUUAUGUACAAUUAUGGCUUUGGUUUAUGCCCCUGUGAAGUCAACAUCCUUAAUCUUUUAACAAAGGGAUUCUUCCAGUGUAUUCUUAACAUACAGUACAAGGGUAACUGCAAUAUCAAAUAUCCAAUUGUGAAUAACAUUUUAGAAGUGGGAAAUGAGUUCUUGUUUUCUUUAUAUAUCAAAGUAUGUACAGAUGUUCUCUGAGCCAAAUAAAGCUAAGGGAUGGCCUGUUCCUCAGAUGUAGAACUUACUGCAUUGCUAUAGUUGUCAACUCCUUUGUUCUACUGGAUUGAUUCAUUCGUCAAGUUCUUUCAUACGUUGAAUACAUCGUACUAUUCUUACUAUCACUGAAUAAACUCUCAUAAACACAUGAAUGUAGCGCAGCUCGAUAUCAGACAUAAAUAAUGAAAUGAAAUUUACUAUAAUGCCAAAUAUGCUUUAUUCAUUUUUAAAAGAUUUUCUAAAUAAUCUGAUAUAAGGUUUUAUUUCCUGUAAUCUUUCUUGUCUCCAGAUACCCUGCCAAGGAUUACCCAGUUUUAGCAUUCGUUGGUCCCCCAGCAUCUUUCCCUGUAAGUCAGUAUAAUGCAAAGCUACACAAGUUCAUGAAGUGGUCAGAUUCCUAUAAUCAAAAAGCUGAUGAUUUUAUCGAGAAGAACAUACAAGACAGACCGUUUAUUGGUAUCCAUUUGAGGAAUGGGCCAGAUUUUGUGAGUUGAAAAAUAUAUAUAGAUUUUUUGUUUUUGACAACGAUGUACAGUUAUAUUGUCUUAAAACAUUUAAUUUAAUGAGUAGUUUUAUAAAUUAAUCUCAGACAUGUUAAUAAGUUAACUUGCUUUCAAAUCAUUAAGGCAGUGGACAUUUUAAAAUGUACAUAUAACAGAAUAGUAUAAUAUAUAUGGCAUCCUUCCAUCUACGUUAGACGAUGGAGUAGCUAAGUAGUGUAGUCCUACACUUCGACGAGUGACUAACUAGGCCAAUCCUGGAAUGACAAUCUCGACCAUUUCUCUCACAGGGGAAUAUUGAUUCCCGGAAAGAUUUUGACUUCCGUAUUGUUCUUUUUCUUGCAAGGGCCUCGUUUCGUGUAUCUUCUGCCUUUAUAAUAUAUAGUAUUUAAUUAAUUGAUUCAGAAUUAUUAAGGUUAGACCUUUUUUUUUUUUUUUUAUACAUAUUCUCACUCUUCUCUUUGAAAGAGAAAGUUUAUACUGAGAGUGUGUUAUUUAUUUUGAUAAUUAAAAAUUAUGGUGUUGAAAAAAAAUUUUUGUAAAAUUUUUGUAAAUAAAAUUUGUUCUUUUUCUUGCAAGGGCCUCGUUUCGUGUAUCUUCUGCCUUUAUAAUAUAUAGUAUUUAAUUAAUUGAUUCAGAAUUAUUAAGGUUAGACCUUUUUUUUUUUUUUUAUACAUAUUCUCACUCUUCUCUUUGAAAGAGAAAGUUUAUACUGAGAGUGUGUUAUUUAUUAUGAUAAUUACAAACUAUGGUGUUGAAAAAAAAAUUUUGUGAAAUUAUUGUAAAUCAAAUUAGUAUCAACUAUUAAUUGCGAAUCCAAAAGCUUUUGCAAAACAAAAAAUCCAGUUCUUAUAUGAACUGAAAUCAUUUAAAGUUAUGUUAUUUAAUAUUAUUUUGUGAAUUCAUCUGUAACUUCCAGGAAAAUGCAUGUGCUCAUGUGCCUAGUUCUUACAUGAACUGAAAUCAUUUAAAGUUAUGUUAUUUAAUAUUAUUUUGUGAAUUCAUCUGUAACUUCCAGGAAAGUGCAUGUGCUCAUGUGCCCAGUUCUUAUAUGAACUGAAAUCAUUUAAAGUUAUGUUAUUUAAUAUUAUUUUGUGAAUUCAUCUGUAACUUCCAGGAAAAUGCAUGUGCUCAUGUGCCUAGCACUCCCAACAUGUUUGCAGCUAAACAGUGCACAGGUGAGAGAGGGGAGUAUGGCACCACGACGCCAGAGAUGUGUUUCCCUUCCACCAAAACUGUCACUCAGCAGGUGGGCUUUUACAUCUGGUCUUUUGUCCCAAAUCAAAUUACUGUCAGUUGCCAAAACAAAAUUUAAUCAAAGAAAUUUUUUUAAAGAACAACUGUUGCUUCCUCGUCAGUGUUUGUGAAAGCCAAGUAGGCGGGCUUGGUAGUAUAAAAGUAUUAUAAUAAUUGUAUACAUUUUUAAAAAUAAAUUGAUGAUUAGAUUUCUGCUGAUCAGUAUAUUUUUCUGUCUUCGAAAGUUUUUUAAAGUUGGGUUUAAGGGUUUUAACCUUUUCAAUGUGGUACAAUUUUCAUUUGUCUAAUUACACAAAAUUUGAAUUUAUUCAUUUUCUAUAAAUUUAGGCCGCAGUUUAAAAAAGUGAACGUUGUCGUGUAGAGAAAUAAUGUAGGAAAAAAUAACAAUAGUCAAGAAAUAGGCAUGAUUUAAUGUUCCACAUUCAUUCAAAUCUUGUCUCUGAUAUAAAUAUUUGAAGUUAUCACUUGAAAGUGUUGAGAAACACCACUACACUUUGUUGAGAAAAGAAGAGAGUGUAGCAGCGUACUUUAUAAGUAGCUUUUGCCAUUAAAUGUCUUGAAUUAGCUCUUGACAUUAAAUGUCUUUUAUGAUUUAUUAACAAUUUCUUUGCAGGUGAAAAAAGAGGUUGAAAGGAUUGGAGCCAAAACUGUUUUCGUUGCAACAGAUUUUAAUGAUUUGAUUCCAGAAUUUUCUCAAGUCCUAACAGAUGUGAGUGUCAGAUGACUCUCUGAGAAAUUAAAGCAUUUAAUUGUGUGUGGCUAAUGAUGCUGGUGUGAAAGAAGAAUCACUAGAAUAGGGGUACAGGGAGUUAGAUAAGGAAAGUGUGAUAUUUAUAAAUAUUUAAAAUCAAAACAUUAAAAUUUGACUGUUUUAAGUAGCCUGUGAGAUUAAAAAAAAUUUUUUUAUAACAAUGCUCCCCUACUGGUUAAACGCAGCAUGACCCAGCCUCCACACUACUAGAUUUACCUAAAUGCUUUGAUUGCACUUCUCUCACUGGUUAAACGACAGCAUGGCCCAGCCUCCACACUGCUAGAUUUGCCUAAACUUUUUCAUUGCACCUCUCUUACUGGUUAAACGACAGCAUGACCCAGCCUCCACACUGCUAGAUUAACCUAAAUGCUUUGAUGGCACCUCUCUCAUUGGUAAAAUGACAGCAUGACCCAUCUUCCACACUGCUUGAUUUGCCUAAACUCUUUAAUUGCACCUCCCCCUCAGGUUAAACUAGUACGACAGCCUGACCCAGCCUCACCUCUGCUGGACCUGGCCAUACUAGGCAGGUCAGAUCACUUCAUUGGGAACUGUGUGUCAACGUUCACUGCCUUUGCCAAGCGUGAGAGGGAUGUCAGGAGGCUGACGUCAUCAUUUUGGGCUUUUCAGAAGAAGAAAAGGCGAACAGAAUUGUGAUUGGAAGUAAAAGUCUUGUUACUGAAUUUGCCUGAUGGGAAGAACAAAAUAUUUUGUUACAAAACAAACUCUGGCAAUGUUUGGUAAACUAAGUCUGCUUUAGUUAUGAUCUAGUCUCAUCUCAUUCGGUAAUUAAAUAUAAUACAUCUUGUUCUUAAGCAGCUAAAUUUAAAUGGAUAAAUACCAGUUACUAAAAUGUUAAUAUUUGAAGACAUUUAUAGUUUAAUCCAGAAGUUCAAACUGUGCAAACUUGGGGAGUAGAGCGUUCCCCAUAGGGGCGCCACAUAGUGAAACAAAAUGUUAUAAAAAAUGUUGUGCAUUUUUUGAAAUUUGAUAUAGAGUGCCUUUGGGUAACCUAGAUUCAGCAAGGUUGCCGUGAAUUGAAAAAUUUUGGGAACUUCUGUUUUAGUCAAUUUUUAAAUGUAAAUAGCGUUUUUAUAGGGUUGUUGCAAUAUAAAGAAGAAAAAACUUUGAUCUCUUCAAAUGGAGUCGUGUAUUGCAAGAUGUUUCAUAGAAUGAUAGAAAGUGCACUAGUUUGAAAGCAUUGUACUCUGCAAUGUAUUGCAGCUGAGGUUGCGGUUAGGAUCCUGCAGUGUUAGAGCCAAGUCAUUGGUCCAUUUGGGUUGAAACGUCCUAUACUUUAAUUUAACUAUUGUUUUAUUUAACAAAUAAAUUAGGUUGUCCUCACUUAAUGGCAAGAGUUCAUCUGCUGUAACUAGUUAGUUAAGGAAAUGGCUAAAUCAAGAAGCUUUUUAUUCAUUUAGUCUGAAUUUUUUUAAAAAAAAAGAUCUCAAAGAAAAAUAUAAUUAAAUUUGUUAAUAAAAUGUAUUACCGGUAAGCUUACUUUAUGUUGACAAAAUAGAGCACACUGUUACUGUUAUAUCUGACAUUUCAUGUACUGACUAAGCACUGCAGUAAGUUAUAAAUGAUGUCAAAGCUAUUUGCCAUAGUUUGAAAUGCAUGUUCACACCUUGAAAAAACAACAACACACUAUUGGUCAAGUUUCUGUACAUAAUAGAUCAAAGGAAUAAAAAGUACACAUAAAAUGAGAUGAAACUCUAUUGGACACUGAAUGCUGGCAGUCAUUGCUGAUAACCCGACGAAUGAACCCAAAUUUUGUUACUCUUGAUUUUUGGUAAAGUUUCCUGAUAUUCAAGAUUCUUAAAUUUUAAUUUAUUUUUAUUUAAUUAAAAACUUUACAAUAAAUUAAUUUGAGGGGCUCCAAGGUGCUGUUACCUGUGCUGAAAUCGGUUGACAAAAUAGUUUUGAUUGUUGUGAGACUUUUUUGGGUGCUUUUUGUAAUAGAUUUGAUUUAAAUAUUUUAAAUACGGUAAGUGUAUGAAUAUAAAUGGGGAUUUUAUAAAUUUAAAUGAAAAGACUUUUCUACCAUAUCAUAUUUCAUGACUUGGGGUUUAAGGGCUAGUGUUUUUGUAAGAUGUAAUUCCUAAUGAAAAUUAUGCAAAUGUUUUACUCUGUUGUAAAUUAAUGUUAAAUAUUUUCAUUACUGGCAUUUACAAUUGAUUGUAACAUAAUCUGACAUGAUUUUUUUUAAAAAUACUGUACUGGAUUUUUAAAGUGUACUUACAUUUCACUUACAACUGCUGAUCUUAUAUAAUGUUAUUCUUUUACAACUUACUUAUGUUUUGAACUAUUCCUGCAAUACACUCUUGGACCAU